GGGGGUGAAUAUUUAAUAUUAUACCGUAAUUCAUAUAACUAACCCCACUGAACCCUAAAAUUGCGCUAUAUAUAUCCCUAAGAAACGCACAACAACUUGCAAAUGAGGAACUUAUUGUUCUCAGUCUCCGAAUCCGACGGUGGAAACCAAUCUGAUCACCGGAAAAUACCAUUUUCCGAUGUGGUCGUCACAGGCACUAGAAACCAAUGGGAAAGAAAAUGGCGACCCAUAGACAUCCAAGUGGCGUCAUGGGUAUUUUUUGUUCAUUUGCUUUCACUUUUUGCACCAUUUACGUUCUCCUGGGAUGCUUUCCGGGUGGCGUUUAUCGGUUAUUUGCUAACCGGACUUGUGGGCAUAACCCUCUCCUAUCACCGGCUUCUGGCCCAUCAUAGCCUCAAACUUCCCAAAUGGCUCGAGUAUACGUGUGUUUAUUUUGGAGUCCAUGCCGCACAGAGAGAUCCGAUAUUCUGGGUCAGCAUGCAUCGAUAUCAUCAUCAGUUUGUCGACUCAGAAAAAGAUACGCACUCACCCAUCAAUGGUUUUUGGUUUAGUCAUAUGGGUUGGCUUUUUGACAGCGGAUAUAUUCUUGAAAAGUAUCAGGAGCGGAAAAAUGUGGAAGAUUUAAAAAAACAAUGGUUCUAUAUGUUUAUUAGAAAAACCUACAUGUGGCAUAUCAUUGGGUGCGGGGCUCUCUUAUAUGUCUGGGGUGGAUUCCCUUACCUAGUUUGGGGCUUGGGCGUUAGGAUUGUAUGGGUUUACCACCUCACUUUUUUGGUCAAUUCCGCUUGUCACAUUUGGGGAUACCAAGCAUGGAACACCGGUGACCUCUCCAAGAACAACUGGUGGGUAGCGGUGCUUACUUUUGGAGAAGGGUGGCAUAACAAUCACCACGCAUUUGAGUUCUCAGCUCGACAUGGAAUAGAAUGGUGGCAGAUCGACAUUUCUUGGUACAUUAUAAGGCUUCUUGAAGCCAUUGGAUUGGCCACCAACGUCAAAGUGCCAACUGAGGCUCACAAGCUUAAAAGAUCAUUCAACACUUACGAUAAUGCGCUCAAAUGAUUCUAUCGUUCCGCGAAACAAACUUUUUAAACAUUGUGACAGUGAAUUUAUACGUACGAACCGUGUAUAUUAGGUUCUUUGUGACGCCUUUUGUUGAUACGAAAGGCAUAAUUUUGCUUGGCUAGUUAGUUUCAGUUGCAAAUAAAAAAAACCGGAGGUGUUCUUUUUAUAUUUUAUUUGCUUGUAAACGUAAUUUUCGUUCAUGAUGUUUCUUAUAUAUUUUACCUAGACGAAUAAAAUGUUGAAGUAAUAAUAUAUUAA